AUGAGCAAUGUCAUCGAGUCACAAUCAAGUAACGAAAAUGGUGAGCAUUUGUUAUCCACAACGAUGCUGGACAUCCUUGAUGACGAUUCUCUGUUGGAAGUAUUUGCGUACCUAAAUUUCGACGAAUUGCUACUGGCUUCACGAGUAUGCUUCAAGUUCCUGCAGCUCACAAGACAACGUUUGCGCAAAAUACGUCAUUUUCAACUGGACUACCGUGCCCUCAUUACGAGAAACAAUGAUCAAUUAAUUCGUCUAAGGGACAUAUUCACUAACAUAGGAACAAAUUUAAUUGCUUUUAAAUUUUCAGGAGGGUUCAUCAUGAACGAAACUCUUAAAUGUAGUAUUAUUGAAAACAUUACUUUGAGCUGCUCCAAUUUACAGCAUUUAACGCUAAACUACAUAGAACUGAGUUCUAAAAACUUGACCGCCUUGAAACCAUUGCUAGUUCAAUUGAAAGGUCUAGAUUUAGGGCGGUGUACGCUGCGAGACGAAUCCUUCGGGCAAUUUAUUUGUGCUGCUUCUGAACUACGAUCGCUUGCCAUACCGGGGAAUGCAGAACUGGACGGAAGAUUCUUCGAUAUGUGGCACAGUUGUUCGUUGCUAGAAUUGCUGGACAUUAGCUAUUGCUACUCGUUGAAUGUUGGCUCUAUUGAGCCGUUUUUAAGGCGUGCUGUGAAACUGCGAGGUAUUGACGUAACAGCCUGUCAGUGGUUGCAAAAGGACAAGCAAAUUUUCAAUUCAUGUAAUCGAAAUAUAGAACUGUGCGUUGAGUUACCGGAAUUAAGUUACUACAACAAUGCCUAA